AUGAAAUUUUCAUGCUUUUUAGGAAUAUAGUAUGUUUUAGAUAGACCAUUUUUAUUAUUCGCAGAAGAUGUAUUACAUACAUGUACAAUAUAAAAAAAUGACAUUUUUGAAAUAUCAACAUUAGCAUUUAUUCCUUUUGAAGUAAAAUUAUAUACAUAAAUAUAAAUUUUAAAUUAUAAAUUGAAAAAAAUAAUAAAAAUUAUAAAAAUAAAGCUAUUUAUAGAAGGAUAUUAUUUCUCGUAUUCAUACAAUUUAAGUCUUUCAAAAUAAAAACAAGCAUUUUAAUCUGAUAGAGAUCCUCGCUUUUGUUGGAAUACGCAUAGUUGUAGGGAAUUAGUUGCUAAUUAAGUAAGUUCAGUAUGGAAUAUUCCAUUAAUACAAGGUUAUGUGGGUUAUUUUAACGUUUAUUUGUAAGGGAAGAAGCUUGAUUUUUAUUUAAUAGCUCGUCGAUCAUAUAAAAAAGCUGGUACAAGGUAUAAUUCACGAGGUAUAGAUGAUGAUGGAAACGUAGCUAAUUAUACAGAACUGGAAUAAAUAUUUUAUUAUAAUCAAUAUUGUUGUUCACAUUUGUAAAUAAGGGGUUCAGUACCUUGUUUUUGGAGAUAAAGAGGAAUUACAGCUUAAACAAAAAUCACAAGAUCAUAUGAGUUAACAAAUUAAGCUUUUUUAAAACACUUUGAAGAUAUAAGAAAAAAUUAUUAAUAUGUUUUAUGCGUUAAUUUAAUGAAAAAAUCAAAAGAAUCAGAGCAUAUAUUAACUGAAUCUUUUGAAACUCAUAUAAAAAAUAAUUAACAGCUUAUAGGAGAUUUUGUAAAAUAUAAAUAUUAUGAUUUCCAUACUAUAUGCAGAAAUUAAAAAUAUGAAAACGUAAAUCCUACUAUACGAUAAUUACAUAAAAUGAACGAUAAUUUUAAAUUCUAUGCCGAAGAUACUUAAAAUAAUAUAGUCAUAGUUACCUAAAAAGGAAUAGUUCGUACCAAUUGCCUUGAUUGUUUAGAUAGGACUAAUGUAUUUUAAUCAAAAAUAGCUUUGGAUAUUUUAAAUGUAUAAUUGCAUUAACUUGGAGUAAAUCUUUUUGAAUAAUUCGGUGAGGACCCUCUUGAUCAUGUGGAUAGUAGUACAGAAGAAAACCAUCCUUUUAUACAGAAAUUUAAGUGCCUAUGGGCCGAUUGUGGGGAUCUGAUAUCUAAACAUUAUACUGGGACGGGUUCUACUCAUACAGAUGUGACAAAAAAAGGAAAAAGAGAUUUUUUGGGUUUACUAUAACAUGGUUAUAAAUCUAUAUCAAGAUUUUAUUUAUAGAAUUUUGAAGAUAAUAUAAAAUAAGAGGCUAUAGAUAUGGUAGUAGGUCAACAUACGGAAAGUGUGAAUACUUUUAACGAAAGUAUAGAAAAAGAGCUUGUUUCGAGAUAAGAUUAAUAUUGUAAUUUUUAAAAAAUAAACGUGAGGAUUUUCACUUGGAAUUUAGGAGGAGUGGAACCUGUGGAAAAAGCCAAUCUUUUCGAUUUUGAAAAAGGAAAAAAUCUUCCAGAUAUUGUAGUGGUCGGAUUAUAGGAGAUUAUAGAGUUAAAUGCUAAGAAUUUAGUUACAGUUAACAAUGAAUAAGAAAUCAAAAAAUGGGAUAGUAUUAUCUUAGAAUAGUUGAAUUUUUAUGAUACAUAUACUUUGACCAAGCAUAAAGAUUUAUAUGGGUGUUUAUUGAUGGUUUAUAUAAAAUAAAGAUAUUAUUAUAGGAUUUCAAAAAUUAUGAUGAUACAAUUAAAUUAGGGUAUAUUUCGAGUAAGGGUAGUGUAGCUAUUAAAAUAUAUUUGAUGAUACUUCAAUUAGUUUUUUAAAUUUAUAUCUAGAUAAAGGCCUGUAGAAAAAUAUUUAAAGCUUUAAUGACAUUCAUACUAAAGCUUUUUAAUAAGAAGGAAUAGGCAAAACAAAAGAUGAGAAAAUAGAAAAUAUUGACUUUAAUUUUUUACUGGGAGAUACAGGUAGUACAAGUACUUUUAAUUAUUAUUAAAUGAUGGAGUUAAUAUAAAAUUAUGAAAGAGCAUCAAAGACUAAUAAAGAUGAAGCGGCUAAAAUAAUGAAAUAGUUAAGAGAAAGUGACGAACUUUUAUAAAGUAAAUAAUAUUCAGAUUAUUUAUUGAAAUAUGAAGAAG